AUGGAAGACUUUAACCCCACAUUAAAUGAAUUCGAGAAAGCACUGCUAUGUGCUACGUGCUCCACUGCUCUGGUGGAGACGUGUUUGGCGGGCAAGCAGUACGUCUCCACAUUUCUGAGAUCGCUCCGCACAGCAGCUGUGACGAUGGAGGCUCUCCCCAAGGCCCUGGAGGUCGAUGAGAAGUGUCCGGAAGCCAAGGACCUGCUGCCCAGCCAGACCGCCAGCUCCCUGUGCAUCAGCUCCAGAAGUGAGUCUGUCUGGACCACCGCCCCCAGGAGCAACUGGGAGAUCUACCGCAAGCCCAUCGUCAUCAUGUCCGUGGGCGGCGCCAUCCUGCUCUUCGGCGUGGUCAUCACCUGCUUGGCCUACACCUUGAGCCUGGGCAAGAAGAGCUUUGCGGCCCUCAAGAUGAUCGGGCCUGCGUUCCUGUCCCUGGGACUCAUGAUGCUGGUGUGCGGGCUGGUGUGGGUGCCCAUCAUCAAGAAGAAACAGAAGCAGAGACAGAAGUCAAGCUACUUCCAGAGCCUCAAGUCCUUCUUCCUGAAUCGCUGAGGGCGGUUUCCCCGUCACCCUGCCACCUCGACCGGGAAAAGAAGAUCUGAUGACCAACAACAUCCACCAUCCCCUUCCCCUCCAUGGGGGUGCCCUCAAACUGAUCCAGGCAAGCUGUCUCCUGGCCCUGUGGGGAGAAAUGGAGCCCAGCGCUGCACCCCACACGGGAACGCUGCUGGAUGUGUCUCGCUUGGCCUCUCUGUUCCUGCUGAGGCUUUGUUGGGUCCCGGCUGCAGCCAUCCCUCCUGCUGCUCGCGUCCCAGCUCCUGCAUCACUCAUCUAACUCUCCGCCAAGUGCAGUGCAUGCUGGGAAAUUCCUUGGGGGUGGGCUCUGCCCCAAGGAGAACCUCACGUUUACACAUCUGAGUGCCUGAGCUGAAUCCUCAUUCGCAUUCUUCUGGAACCAAAACUGACCCGUAGAAGGCCUUUGCAGAGAAGGGAGGGAAGGCUGAGUUCUGACCCGUUGGGUUGGACAGCCCCAGCUCCGGUGGUGAGUGACACACUGACUUGCAUUUCAAGAGACCAGACACGUCACAAGUAUCAAACAUUCCAAAGACUGAACAGUAAAGGGAGGCCCAGGAACAACACUCUCCAGGAUGGCACGUGUCCCUGGACGUGGCUCUGGGAGUUAGCCCUUCUCGGAGGUGUAAUUCCCAAUCAUAUAAUAUUUACGCCAAAGGCAGUGGGGUAGGCUGGGGGGGUGUCACUGUUUCCCCCUGACUCCUGGCCCCUUCUCAUUGACUGCUUUCCUCUCUGAACUUGGCAGUUAGCCAAGGACACAUGCAUGUUGCCCUAACUUCUUUCCUCCUACCCCUGCCUCCACCCGGGUCUAGCACGAUAGGAAGAAGCUACACACGGAUUCUGAGUUGUUCUCCCCUUCACCUCCAUCAAGAGCAACACUGAGAGGACCAAAUUCCACAUGCUAAUGAUCUGUAGAUUUCUAGAGAUGGAAUUCACUUUAGAAAAUCCCAACUUCUGUUAUUCCUGUCCCCAUUCACCAAACAAGCAAGUAUGGAUCGAGUGCCCUGCUCGGGGCCAGGCUCUGGAUUGGGAGUGUCCUCCUCUCGUCUUGCUUUCCAGAGCGAGAGACACGGCCCAGCCUCUGGCAGUUAGAAUACCCUGUUCUGAGUUCUUGGUGGGGGAGACGUGGUGGUGGGGGGACACAGGAGGUGACUACCCCAGACUUGGGACAGGAGAGAGAGAUCCCUGGAGGCCAUGCCAUCUAAGCUGAGGACAAGAGGAAACGAUGAGAGUUAGCAAAGAGGAAAGGAAGAGCAUUGGAGGCAGCAGGAACAAACCUUGGGGGCGUCACAAGUGCUAGGUCACUCAUUGCAGUUCUAGUUCCUCAGUGACAGAGCUUGCAGAUCAUUCUCCUUUCUUCUGACACGAAUGCAGAGUUGAAGUCGGCGCUAUGAUGUCACUCUCGCAGUCCUCGAUGCUUUCUUAGGUGGGAGCAAAGGGGGGUGCACUCCUAGCUGGCUCUCUGGGAGCCCACGCUCCCUGCAGCUCACUUCCUCUGCCCGAGAGCCUGGAGUCUGGGCGCAGCUUAGGAGGGGGGCCCAUGGGAGCGCUAGCCCCGGGGAUGCUUAGCGAAAGGAAGUUUGGGGACAACCAUGACUCCAGAAGGAGCCCAAGUUCUGGGCUCAUUCUGCAGAGUCCGGCUCUACCCGCCCCCAUUCCCUGCCCCCUCGAGAUAGUUUCUCAGCAGAGAAAAAUAAGGAACAAUCUCCAAGCACCAGUCAUCCCCACUGGGAGUGUGGGGAGGCAGGGCAUUGGAGGCUUUUGCCAAAGCCCAUUGUCCCGUGGAGGCCUGAGCUGUGGCUGCACCUGGUCGGGGAGUGCGGCCCAGGCCAGACGCCACGCCUCUGCCAUGGGGCACCACCUGCCGCGACUCCUCUCAUGCCCGCGGAUCAGAGAGCAGGGCCCGCAUCCAAGUUUUGGGCUCGCUAGACUGUGUGAUGCCCUGGUAGCUCUUCUGAUCAGGAGAAUUUGGUCUAACCUGAGGCCUAAAGGAAUCGCGAUGUAAUGUUGAAUCAUAUUCUAUAAUAUUUAACAGUGUCUGCUGUGUCGUCAUUCUGCCCCACCAAGAAUUCGAAAACGAUUUCCACUAACUUAUUCCUGUAAAAUGCAUGCCAUCUCCCAUUGCCACACGUCCUCCCUCCCCCGGUGCUGCCUGGGUGAAAAGGGACAGGGCGGGUU